AGUUGGCUGCCAAAUUGACAGUAGUUUUAGUCGUUUGCUUAGCGAUUUUUAUUGAAGACGAAAUAAAUUUAUUACAGAGCUAUAAAAUUAUCAACUCUCUUCACAACAGGAAACUGUAAAGUACUUACAUAAAAAAACGAGACACGUUUUUAUUUGUAACUAAUACCUACUAUGAAAAUAUAAACCCAUUAUAAAAUGGAAGUGCAAUUUGGUCCCAAUUCCGUCGACGAACCGAAUUUACUAUACAAAUUGCAAAGAAAACUAAAAGUUUUUAAUACGUUGGAUAUAUUACCCAAUCGUGGCUACAAUUUAACUACUAGUAGUAACAAAUAUGGCUUAGUGUUUGUUGCUUCACCUCUUGGAACCUUGUCUGCAUAUUAUCUAAAACAGUUGGUUGACAAAGAAUCUGAAUGUCCGCAUGUGAUUAUCAAAUUGCAAGAGAAACCAACACAUAUUGCAAUAAAUUGUGACCAAGAACUUAUAGGAGUCACUGGUGGGCAGUUCCUAUGUGUUUAUAAAGUGACUGACUUUCAAAACCAGAAUGUAGCAGCAUCUGCAGUAUUACAAUUAGGUACAAGAUCAACAACAUUUGUUUCAUCUCUCCAAUGGAAUCCAUGCAUUACAGAUUCUAUAGCAAUAGCAUUCUUUAAUGGAAUUUUAUUAACCUGCCAAUUGAACACAAGUCAAGUUAAGAAGAUUCAAUCAAAAUGCAGAUGCCUCUGCUGGAGUCCGAAAGGUAAACAGUUUGUGACUGGCAACAGUGAUGGGACUCUCACACAAUACAAACCAGAUCUAACACCAGCGAAGACAGUGUCCACGCCAAACUUAUUUGAAAAUGCACCUGUGGAAGCUUUAGCCAUUUACUGGAUAUCAACUUAUCAAUUUGCGGUUGUCUACAAAAAUGCUACAGAUAACAGUCGUCCAGCUGUAACUAUUAUUAAUACACCAAAGGGAGGUCAGCCAUCUUGUUUGAACUAUGAAGAUAUUUGCUACAGCAUGGGUUCGAAUAGGCCGUUUUAUUACUACCUUCUGGGUUUAGCCCAAUGGAACAUUAUUCUUGCAUCAUCGUCAAAUAGCAUGGAGAUUGCAACAUUAGGAUCCACAGAUGGUGCCAAUUGGAUGCAGUGGUGUCAGACAGAUGAAGCUAGACCUGAGCUCCCACUGACAGAUAAGAAACAGGAAAAUUAUCCAGUUGGUAUAUGCAUUGACACAUGUGCAGUUCACCAGCUACCAUGGGUCCUGCUAGUUGUAUCGCAGACUGGCUUACUUACUAUAUUCAAUAUCAUAAAUCUGAAUAAGCAAGUAGCUCAAGUUUGCACGCCGCCUCAGCAAUUAGCAUUACCAACACAAGCUAUGACCACAGAUAUACCUGAUAAUGUACCUACUGUUCUCCCUCAAACUGUGCCUCAAGUCGUUGCACCUCAAGCCGUCGCACCUCAAGCCGUCGCACCUCAAGCCGUCGCACCUCAAGCCGUCACACCUCAAGCCGUCGCACCUCAAGCUGUCGCACCUCAAGCUGUCGCACCUCAAACUGUCACCCCUCAAGCUAUUGCACCUCAAGCUGUUGCACCUCAAUAUGUUGCGUCUCAGUCAGUCGCUCCUCAAGUUAUACCGUCGGCUGCCCAAAAACCCGUUGCUACAAUGCCACCAUUCCAACCUACACCGCAAUUAUCCCAAGGAGUGCCAAUUUCUGCACCAGCUUUCAGCGCAGCAUCUCUAACUGCUGCUAAACCACCAAACUUCCAACCACUAUUACCACAAGGCACUCCACAAGUUGAACAAAAACAGCCACCGGAAAUCAAACCUGUGCCGCAAGGUCAACCUCAGGCGGUAGUUACGGUUCAAAAACCUUCAACACCAUCAGAACCAGCGCAGCCGACACCACAAAUGCAAGAAGCGUAUGCUGCCAUGAAGGCAGAACAAGAACGGAUCAAAGCAACAAAAACUAACCAAGAACUUAAAAAUAUGCUUAUCAAGGAGGUGAAUGAUUUCCAAAUGGAACUUUACAAGUUUAUGGUCAAGACUAAACAAACGCAAGCCAAGGUAUUUCAUUUUGGGAUCUAAAAAUAUUGUAUAUUUGAAGUUAGAUUUUUUUUUUUAAAGUUAGAAUAGGGAACUCGCUACGUCGCAACCAUGUAGAAAAUUUACAAAGGUGUGACGUCAUGCAACAUUUUAAAUCGAUUUAUCGCUGUAAUUUAAUGAAUACGUAUUUAAUAUACUUCAAUGCUGAGUUUUUUCAAACUACACAAUGGGUUUUAAUGCAUUCAUCAUCAUCAUCAGCCCUUUUACGUCCCCACUGCAGGGGCUCAGGCCUUCCUUAUGGAUGGUUAAGGAGGAUGGGCCAUGACCCUCCACGCUGGCCCAAUGCGGAUUGGAGGGUAUUAACGACUGCAAACGCAGCCGGGACCAACGGCUUAACGUGCCUUCCGAAGCACGGAGUAGCUCGAGAUAAUAAUUUUCCGGUCACCCAUCCCGUGAUCGACCCUUGCGAAAGUUGCUUAACGACUACGAUCACGGGCCGCGGCGCUAAUCCACUACGCCACCAAGCUACUCAUAUAUUGAUAAUUAAUGCAUUAAUUAUCAAUAUAUGUAUAUAGUGAUACAAGAGGAAGGUUUAUUUAUUUAAUAUUGUAUCAUGAGGGCGAAGCCGCUGGCGGAAAGCUAAUGUAAUAUGUAUAUAUACAUAUUAUUUUGUUUUAGAUUCAACAAGACAUAGACGCUCUUAACUCUAACAUAAGUUUGCCCGUGGCAGACGCUGAGCAGCUAAAGAAAGAUUGCUCAUUGGAAGAUUUACACGGUGCAAUAGUACAAUUGAAAUUGGAAUUAGUUCGUAUGUGUGCUGUAGUGGCUGAAGCGAGAACGCAUGCUGAAGACCCACUUUCUAAACUCACUAAAAACAUUCUGAACAUGAGCAUAGAGCCUCAGAACAAACACAAAGAGCCGUUACUCAGCGCUCAAAAACUAGAUGCACUUAGAGACAUGUUAUCCAAUCAUAAGACUGUGAAAGUGAAACCUGUAAACGUGGAACUGAGACAGCAGUUUGCAACAAUGAGAUUGAAUUAUGAGAAGAGCUUGAAAGAAAGGACAGCGCAAGCGGUCAACCAGCAAGUUAAAAAAGAACCGCUAAUUCAAACUACCCAGCCUCCACAGCAUAUUCAACUACCCCCACAAGGUUAGUAUAUCUAUACUGUAUUAUAAUGAGAAAAUGUUUGUUUGCUUUAAUUAAACUCCGCCACUACUGGACUGAUUUUAAAAAUUCUUUGAACUACGGGAAGUGAUAUAGGCUAAAUUUGUCGAGAGCGAAGUCGUGGGAAAACAGCUAGUACAAAUAUACAACCGCUUUUAUUCCGAAGUUGGAACGAUCUCUAUCCGUUAUAUAUUUAUAGCACCAAUUUUAUUUCAAUUUAAGGCGCGUACACCCAAGAUCAUUAAAUUUCAACUGGUUUUUAUACAAAAAAUAACGUUUCAUUAAGCCUCAAUUCAAAAUAAGAAAUCUCCAUCACAUAUGUAACGGUUAUCCCACAACACAACGAGAAUUUAUAAUAUUUCUCUACAGAGAAAAUCACUAAAGCUACCCCUAACAUUCACCAUUUUUUCCAUUUCUUUUAACUUUUUUAUAAAGGAAAUAAAAAAGAAAUGCCACUUAAUUACGUAGAACUUUUUCAAUAGUCAAUUACGACUAUUCUAAAAGAAAGUUACAGAACGAUUUUAAUCGCAAGCUAUUGA